AUGGGCAGAUCGUCGCCUCCAUUCCUUUAUGAGAGUCCCUCCGCCUACAGCUUUAAAGGUCCCACCGACCGUGGGUUUAACCCGAGGGCCGCGACAGAGGCGAGCUGGACUCGUCCAGCAGUCAAACCCAAGAAAAAAGGGCCACUGGUGGAGCUAAACCGGCACCCUGACACGUGGGGUUUCUUCAAUACGGCCAGCUCAUUUACACCGAUGAGCUACAAAACAAAGGAUCGAGUCAAGUACGCACGAGCAAGUCAGCUCGCACUUCGAGUGCUCACUUUGCUGGGGGCCCUGGGGUCCUUGUUCUGCUCUAUCGUUAUUAAGGGAGCUGCAACGACCGUCAUUUGGAUCAUCCGCGCUGGUCCAAUAGUUGCAAUUCUCCACACCAUUUACGGUAUCUACCAUAAUUCCAGAUCUGCUCUCAACCGACCAGCGGGUUCUCAAGCCAGCUAUGGGCUAUUCGCUUCGACUCUCGACUUCGGACUCAUUGCAUUCUACACAUUUACUGCAUUUAUAUCAUACGGCGAAUGGAUCUCCAAUGCAUACCACUGGAAUACUCUCUUCAACGACAGCGAUAUGACUGUAACAAUUUCCGAGACCACCUUCAUCCUGGCUAUUGCGAAUGGUAGCUUGCACCUGAUCUCCCUUGCCAUAUCGAUUUUCUUGGCGAUCAUCUUCCGGAAGAUCUCCCGCCUACCGCCUGACAUGAACCCACUUGAAGACAAUUUGACUGCACGCCCCCGCAAGACCCAUAAGGAGUCUGAAAUGGAGGAGAAACAUCUCAGCCAGUCGACCAUGGAUUCUGGCUUCGAGGAUCCUCUCAUCGGACCUCCCCGGAGUGUUCCAUUUAUGCAUACACGUGAACAGUCUUCCGGUGGUGAUUCUAACCGUGGAUCAAUGGGUAUUCUCGAUGAACAGCGACAAUCAUAUCCUUCCUAUUAUCAGCAUCGCCUAUCCCACUUGCAAUCCCCAACAGAACCUCACAUGGAUCCCUCUAGCCCUGAGACUUUAUUCCAGGAAACCGUGGAGCCCUAUGACUUCACAUCACAGACGUCUGCCCCAGAAUAUCGAAAAGUGGCCUCUCACGCUCCUGAAAUCAUCGAUGCUACCGCUCAAAUGCGCCAUUUGUCGUCACGUACUGCUGAUCGAUCGGAUACUGUCAGUCCAGUGUCCAACAAUUGGGUAGCAUAUUCUGAGCGGUCUCUAUCCCCAAUGGGCGAAACGCAGAACGGGAACGAAAACACUCUCCGUCAGUCCUCCUCUGUUUAUAGCCGCCAAACCACCAAGACCACCACAUCCAACGGUAGUGGCAUUCGAGAUUGGUUUGCUUAUGGCCCCAAGCCGGGGCCAAGUAUUGGAAGUGUUAUCCCAGAAGAUGUACGUGGGGAGUAUGCGUCGCUAUCCACGCAUGAAUUCUAUGGGCUUGAUGAUGGCCACGAUCGCCACCGUGAACAAGAUGUGGGUGAUCAACGCAUGGACAUAUUCCCAGACCCAGAAGAUCACAGAGAUGACGUUGAUGACGAGCGUGACGGCGCUAUUCCAUUCAAUCCGCUUAUGCUUAACCCACCAACCCCGCAACCUAUUCUGACCGAAAAGCCCGAGAACACCGAUCCAGUUCGGCGGGUUGUCCUCGGAGAUAGCCCCAAUCUAUCAUACAAUCCACAGGCACAGCCAGUGUCUGUACCCCACGAGAGCCCCAAUCCCACUUCGCCCAAGACCCGGUUCUAUGGCGAGCUGGAUGUAGAUGGCAAGCCUGGAUUGGCCGCGUCUCGCGAGUCAAGCGCCCAGGUGGUGCGUAAGCCAACCAAGCUUACGAAGAAACGAAACAGCAAGAUGUCUGCUUAUGAGUCUCUCAAGAAGAAUGACAGCGAUGAAGAAAACGGAUACCUCUCAGCCAGGAAGCCUGCUUCGCAUCGCGCCACCGAAAGUGACCGCAAGGGCCGUGUCGUGAGCAACACCGGUGCAGACACUGCCCGGUCUGGCAUCGCAGGCGGGGUUGGUGCAUCCUUAUCUUCAUACGGCAGUUACAUUGCCGGUCUGGGCGUCGGACGCCGCCGCGAUGUGAGUGGCAAGGUUGCCGAAGAAGGGCGCAGCGACAAUGUUCUCGAUAAACAACCUGGCCAGAAUCAGAACGAAAGUCACAGACAGACUACGAAUUCUUCACCCAAUCGGGCUGCAGGAUGGGCUCGGUUUGCCGGACUUUGA